AUGUCGCAAUGUAACGAACGACAAUCGGCGACUGCAAUGGAGCCGGAGGUGGGGCGGCUUGUAGAUUCGAGCCAGGCGGACGACCGGCGUUUGAUCGCGCUGGUGCGUGCGCGCCGGCUCUUGUACUCGCGAAACAACAUGCCGGUGGCCAGCUUCUACGCACAGGUGAAGGCGCUCUGGGAGGAGGUGGCCAACGAAAUGGGCUGGAGCGUGGCGGACGCGCGGCGCAAGUGGUCGCACAUCCGCAACUCGUACUCGCGGCAUCUGCGCAACGAGGUGGCGGGCGCGCGCACGGGCCGCGGCCGGAUGGUCUCGCGCUGGUACCUCGCCGACGAACUCGAAUUCUUGCGCGACCACAUGGCUACUGACACGCGGGCAGCGUCGUACACAUCGUUCUCCCCCUCGAUGCUGGAAUUGGACAUGAGCGAACAACGCGCCGAGUCGCGCGAAUCGCAGUCAUUCGCGAACGCGUGGUUCGCGCUGGGCGCGGGGGAGGGCGCGACGAAGUCGGAGCCACAGACGGAGGGCGAGUGCACUCCUGGAGAGGACAGUUCGAGCUCGCAGGCGUUCCGCGCAGACGAGAACUCCUCUUUCUUCCAAUUCUUCCGCGGGCUCUACGAGGAGUAUUGCGAUCUCACCUCACGACGGCGCCGCCUCUUCAAGCGCCAGUGCCUGCACUUCCUGCACGAACUGCUCGACGAGCAGGAACGCGAGCGCGCUCCGCCCGUUGCCGACGAGCCCGCGAUUCUGCCCAACGACUAAUCACUUAAGCCGUUAUCGUGCCAAAAUUUCAAUCUUCACAUUGCGCGGGCUUCGUAUAAGAAAUGAAACGAUCGAUUAGGAACUGUUCCGAUCUGUAUUACACAGUAGUAGCGUAACUGAUUAUGUUAUGUGACACGGUUGCAUGUAAAAAAUAGUUUAUAAAAGCCAAUUACAUUAACAUCUAUACGUGGCAACAUGGAACAGACGCCAAGCGUGUGAAGUGACACCGUCCGCUGGUUUCUCUGCACGCCUGCCGGAGCCAAUGCGCGAGGGCCCGGUGCGGUGGUGGAGUGUUGGCGCCCACCGC